CGGUCUGUGUUGACAGUGUCCUCCUAUGGUGUCCUCGCCUAGUUCAACUCAACUGUGUCACAUGAGAACAACGCUGUACAUAAAACGCCAUAAUAAGCCUUUCUAAAAGUUUCCUUGUGAGCUGUAUCAACUAUUGUCCUUAUGAAGGGGUAAAUCAGAUAUAAACUGAAACCAUGCUGAAGUGGUUCUCCAAUGACGAGGGUGGUCCUGACCUGGCUGCCCCAGGCUCUCCCCCGGGGGCGGCAGAGGGGCCCGGCAGGCAGCCAGACCCAGCAGAGCUUCAGGAGCGGCUCAGCCAGACGGAGCAGCUGGUCUCCCAGCUGAAGGAGCUGAUCAGAGAGAAGGAGGCCGCCCUGCAGACCAGAGACCAGCAGCUGAAGGCCAACGAUGCCAAGCUUUCCAAGAUGCGCCUGCAGCACAAGGCCAAGGUCACGUCUCUCAGCGCCCAGCUGGAGGACCUGAGGAAGGAGAACCUCGACGAGGGCUCGCCUGCCCACUCUAGGAAGGGUGGAAGUGAGGCGGGCGACCAGGCGAGCAGGGGGAAGGUCCUUCUCUUCAGGAAGAGGGUGGAGGAGUUGGAGCACCAACUUUCCAAAAAAGAUGAGGAAUUGGAGGCCAAGACGCAGGCUCUGGAGUCACAGCAGCAGCGAGGGGAGCACAUGGACGCCAUGCUGCAGGACCGAGAGCGCCGCCUGCUGGAGAAGGAGGCCUACAUCGUCCACUUGCAGACCGCCCUGGCAGGACCCGUGCCCGCCGUGCCAGCGCUGACGCCUGGAGAGCAGCUGGCGUUUCCAGAGGAGGGCGCUGCCCUACUGGAGCUGCAGGUGCAGAACCUGACCAGGAGAGUGGGGGAGGGAGAGGAGCGCUGCAGCUUGCUGGAGGAGCAGAACCACAGCCUGAAGAACCAGCUGCUCUCUGACAUAACCCAGCACCAGGAGAAGGAGAACAUGUACAAGCAGAAUAUCCAGACGUUUAAGGACAUCAUCCAGCAGAAAGACAGCGUUCUGGCUGAGGUGAACCAGAAGCACGAACAGGAGCUGUUCAAGGUGGUGGCUAAACAAGAUGCAAGCUCUGACCUGGAGCAGCUCCUCAAGGCCCUGAAGCAGAAGCUGCAUGAGAAGGAGGAGGUUCUCCAGGGGAAGAACCAGGUGAUCUCCGUCCUGCAGGAGGAACUGGACGGGAGAGACCAGCAGAUACAGGACCUGUCUGAGCGUGCUCGGCGUCUGCAGGUGGAGCGUGAGAACCUGCGCUCCCAGAUGGAGGCUGAGAAGCACGUGAUGCGUGCCCAGCUGCGGGACCGCAUGCAGAGCCACGAGGCGGAGCUACGACGCCUGGAGGAGGAGCACCGGGCGGAGCUGGCCGAGGCGGAGCAGGCCGGGGCGGAGCAGACGGCCGCCAUGACAACAUCAACGCCAGCCCCCCCACUGGGUGGAGUGGGGGAGGACGCAGCCUGUAGGGUAGCAGAGCUGGAGGCACAAGCCAAGUUGAAAACGGAGGAAGCCAGUAAAUCAGAAGCCAAGUUCCUGAAGAUGAAGGCGUGGUCCAAGUCUCGUAUCAGACAGCUGGAGGAGGAACUAAGGAAGGGCCAGGGAGGGGGUGCGGGCCCGGACCUCUCGGCCCUGCGCAGGCGUGUGUCUGAGCUGGAGGAGGAGCGGGAGGAGAACAGCUGCAGGCUGGAGCAGUACGACCUGGUCAAGACCCAGAACGAUGUGCUGCAGGCAAAGCUGAUAUUGUACGAGGAACAGCAGAGGAAGAUGCAGUCUGACCUGGAGCAGGUCACCAAGAGAGCUGCCUCUCAGGCCAGUGAGUCGGGCAGUGCUGAGGACGGCCAGCUGCUGGAGUGGCAGGAGAUGCUGUCUGAGGGCGGAGCUACGAGGACCCGGGGCCGUGAAGACAAGACCUCCCUGGGGAUGCGCAUGGCCAACAUGGAUGAGGACAGAGAGGAACUGAUUGAGGAUGACUGGUUCUUUCCUGGCUGCUCUGAUCCAGUGCUGGCAGGCCAGCAGCAGGGGAUGGAGGGGGAGUUGGCCCAGGCACGAGCCCUCGAGGUGGGCCGAGGCAGGAGGCCCGGUGGCCCGGACCGGCGCAGCCUGGAGGAGGAGUUUGAGUUUGACGGUCUCCAUGGUUUCCCAGAGCAGUCCGAGAGCAGCACCCCAAUGGAGGGGGAGAACAUGGGAGGUUGGUGGCCCCAGUACGCUUCCCCCAACACAGAAGGCCUACGCUCGGUGGUGGAGGACCUGGAGCAGGAGAGGAACCAGUUGCAGGAGCAGAUGGUUCUCCUGGAGGAGCGCUGCGGGGAGCUGGAGGACAGGCUGCAGAUGCAGACACGCAUCGAGACCCUGCAGGUGACCUUUGAUGUAAAUGAAGAAAGGCAGCCUUUUUGGGUCUCUCAGAGCGACUUAGGUAGACUGCAGAGCCAGCUGGCCAGUCUGCGGAGCCAGCAGGGCAGAGACGCAGAGAAACACCAGCUCCUGGUCGCCGGCCUGAACGAGCAGAUCAAAGGGCUGAGUGAGACCCAGGAAUGCCUGGAGAGCUCCCUGCUGGAGAAGGACGCCCGCCUGGCCCAGACAGCCGACACACAGGAGCUGCUGGAUGAGGUCAGGGACUCCAUCAAGAGCAAAGACGCUCAGCACAGAGACCUGUCUGACAAGCUGCAGCAAGCACAGCACAGCCUCAUCAAGGUUUCAGAGGAUUGCAAGUCCUUUGAAAAACAGUGUUCAGAGCUGAAGACCUCAGAGGCUGACCUGGCCCAGAAACUCAGUGAGCUCAAAGAGAAGACUCAGAAGCAGGAGGUGACUAUAGAAACUCUGCAGAGCGACUUGGAUCAGGCGACAGACGAGCUGGACAAGAUCAACACGGCCCACCUGGAAGAACGAGCUCAGCUGAUCCACGACCUGCAGACCUGCGAGCGGGAGAUGGACCACCUGAAGGACGUCAUCCAGGAGCGGGACCGGGACAUCGCCGCCCUCCAGGGCAGAAUGGCCGAACACGGGGAGCAGAUCUCCAAACUCACCCGGGAGAUCAAGCUCAAGGAGGAACAGCUAGUUCUCUCGGAAGGUUCUCUGACCAAAGCAGAGCGAGAGACGCAGAUCCUCCGGGACUCUCAGGACUCAGACCAGCGCUCGCUGAACGCCAGGAUGGUGCAGCUGGCAGGGCAGCUGCAGGAGAGGGAGGAGGAGCUGAGCCGGCUCAGAGAGGAGAGGGAGGCGAGGGCGGGGGAGGUCCAGGAGCUGACCAAGCAGAUCCAGGAGGACAAGCGGACCGUAAAGGACCUCCGCAGGGACAUCCAGAAGCAGAAUGUUCUUCAUUCUAAUCAUCUCUCGGAGUGUGAAGCUCAGAUCGUGUCGCUGAAAGAUCAGGUGACAACCUCCUCACAGAAACUGCAGGAGUCCAACAGUCUCAUCUCCCAGCUGAAGGAAAGUGAUGCCUCCAGUGAAGAACUCAAACACCAGAUGCUAGACAAGGAGCAGACGUACGAAAAUGAGCUGAAAUCCUUCAAGGAGGAACGAAACAAGCUUCUGGCAGAGUUGGAUAAGCUCAACCUAGAAUUACAGACUUUAUCCAAACAGCUUGAGGAGAAGUCUGAAAAUGUCUCUAAACUGGAGGAGCUGUUGAAAAGCACGGAGACUGAAAAUAAGCAACUGCAAACUGAAGUUAGAGGAACCGCGGAGAAACUAAAGUCCCAAAAGAAACAUGUGGACGGGUUAAGUAAAAAACUUAAAGGUGUUGUUGACCAGAACGCACAACUGAAAACUCAAGUUAACAGCCUUACUGAGAAUAAUUUGAGUCUGCAAACGGAACUAGCUGAAAUGACAAAAUCCAAUUCAGAACUGUUAAAUGAGAAGAGUGACCUGCAAGGUCACAUAUCUGUGUUUGAAUUACAGAAGUCAGGAAGUAAUGAAAUUAUCCAAGGGCUACAAAAAGACAAAGAGGACCUUAGUGUUAGAGUUCACCAACUGAACGAGGUCCUCGAACAAAACAAACAAUCCUUCUCCGAGAUGCUGCAGGAGAAAACAAAUGAAUGUACAAAUAUUACGACAAUGCUCAGCGCCUCUGAAGCUGCAGCCGCAGGUCUGCAGGAACAGGCUGACAGCCUAAACACCCAACUUCAACAACUCCGCGACAACGUGGAUGAGAAGGAGAAGACUGUGUUGCACCUUAGAUGUCAACUCGCAACUCUAGAGAACGAGGCAGCCGAUAACAUCAAGAUGAGGCAGGAAGUGGAACAGAGGCAGGCUGCAGUGGUGACCCAGCUGAGGCAGGAGGUGGAUCAGAGGCAGGCUGCAGUGGAGAGCCUCCAAAGCCACAUGCAGUCCCUAACUGAGGAGAGGCAGCGUCUCCAGGCUGCCUCUGAGGUCAGAGAGAAGGAGCUUUGUCAACAGAAACGGGUUGCUUCUGAACUCGACAGCAAAGUCACCGUGACCCUUGAGCAGAGUUCAGUAAUGGGUUCGCAGCUCAACAACCUGACUGAGGAGAAUCAGAAACUGCAACAGGAAGUCGCUACGAAGGAGAAUUACAUUACCAAACUCAACACAGACACUAGUUCUCUGCAAGAGAAGAUUUCCAGCCUCAAAAUGCAACACGCCGAAAACCACAAAAUCAUCGAAGGUUUACUGAAAGAGAAGGAGGACCUCAGAGUAGCAAUUGAAGACCUGAAUAAAGUUCUGGAACAAAAUAAACAUUCGUUAUCAGAGAGUUUGCGGGAGAAGACACAGGAAUGUAGCGAACUCUCUAGAGCUGUCAGAGAGAAGGACGAGACAGCCAGUCGCCUACAGGAGAAUAUCGACAGUCUGAACUCACAAAUCCAUCAACUACACAACCACAUACAGGAGAAACAACAAGCGUUGACAGAACAAAGCUUGCAAAUAAACACCCAGCGGGAACAACUGUCUCAGCUGCGGGAAACGUUGUCUCUGCUGCAGGAACAGGGCGCUGCCUUGAAGGCCGGCCUUCUGGAAAAGACCGCAGCGCUGCUGCAGUCAGCCCAGGAGUGUGGCUCCUUACGGCAGGAGGCUGAGAUGCAGAGAGACGGCUUGUCCAAGCUGCAGCUGGAGGCAGAAGCUCUCAGGGGAGAACGGUUGGAACUCAGUCGUCGUCUGGAGGAGAAGGAGGACACUCUGAAACGCACGACAGGAGAACUUCAGAAUUCCAAGGAGGAGCUCAAUCAGAGGAACGAGACUGUGAGGUCACUGGGCGGUCAGCUUGGUGCCGUGAAGGAAAACAAAGAGAAGCUUGAGGUGGAAGUUACCCAACUGAGGACAGCUUUGGAAACCCACGCUUCAGAAAAUGCCAGAUUGAGGCAAGAUGUGUCCCAGAAACAGAAGGAGGUGGUGGAUCUUAGAGAUAAGAUGCAGUCACUCAACGAAGACCUGAAGAAAGUUCUGGAACAAAAUAAACAUUCGUUAUCAGAGAGUUUGCGGGAGAAGACACAGGAAUGUAGCGAACUCUCUAGAGCUGUCAGAGAGAAGGACGAGACAGCCAGUCGCCUACAGGAGAAUAUCGACAGUCUGAACUCACAAAUCCAUCAACUACACAACCACAUACAGGAGAAACAACAAGCGUUGACAGAACAAAGCUUGCAAAUAAACACCCAGCGGGAACAACUGUCUCAGCUGCGGGAAACGUUGUCUCUGCUGCAGGAACAGGGCGCUGCCUUGAAGGCCGGCCUUCUGGAAAAGACCGCAGCGCUGCUGCAGUCAGCCCAGGAGUGUGGCUCCUUACGGCAGGAGGCUGAGAUGCAGAGAGACGGCUUGUCCAAGCUGCAGCUGGAGGCAGAAGCUCUCAGGGGAGAACGGUUGGAACUCAGUCGUCGUCUGGAGGAGAAGGAGGACACUCUGAAACGCACGACAGGAGAACUUCAGAAUUCCAAGGAGGAGCUCAAUCAGAGGAACGAGACUGUGAGGUCACUGGGCGGUCAGCUUGGUGCCGUGAAGGAAAACAAAGAGAAGCUUGAGGUGGAAGUUACCCAACUGAGGACAGCUUUGGAAACCCACGCUUCAGAAAAUGCCAGAUUGAGGCAAGAUGUGUCCCAGAAACAGAAGGAGGUGGUGGAUCUUAGAGAUAAGAUGCAGUCACUCAACGAAGACCUGAAGAAAGUUCUGGAACAAAAUAAACAUUCGUUAUCAGAGAGUUUGCGGGAGAAGACACAGGAAUGUAGCGAACUCUCUAGAGCUGUCAGAGAGAAGGACGAGACAGCCAGUCGCCUACAGGAGAAUAUCGACAGUCUGAACUCACAAAUCCAUCAACUACACAACCACAUACAGGAGAAACAACAAGCGUUGACAGAACAAAGCUUGCAAAUAAACACCCAGCGAGAACAACUGUCUCAGCUGCAGGAAACGUUGUCUCUGCUGCAGGAACAGGGCGCUGCCUUGAAGGCCGGCCUUCUGGAGAAGACCGCAGCGCUGCUGCAGUCAGCCCAGGAGUGUGGCUCCUUACGGCAGGAGGCUGAGAUGCAGAGAGACGGCUUGUCCAAGCUGCAGCUGGAGGCAGAAGCUCUCAGGGGAGAACGGUUGGAACUCAGUCGUCGUCUGGAGGAGAAGGAGGAGACUCUGAAACGCACGACAGGAGAACUUCAGAAUUCCAAGGAGGAGCUCAAUCAGAGGAACGAAACUGUGAGGUCACUGGGCGGUCAGCUUGGUGCCGUGAAGGAAAACAAAGAGAAGCUUGAGGUGGAUGUUACCCAACUGAGGACAGCUUUGGAAACCCACGCUUCAGAAAAUGCCAGAUUGAGGCAAGAUGUGUCCCAGAAACAGAAGGAGGUGGUGGAUCUUAGAGAUAAGAUGCAGUCACUCAACGAAGACCUGAAGAAAGUUCUGGAACAAAAUAAACAUUCGUUAUCAGAGAGUUUGCGGGAGAAGACACAGGAAUGUAGCGAACUCUCUAGAGCUGUCAGAGAGAAGGACGAGACAGCCAGUCGCCUACAGGAGAAUAUCGACAGUCUGAACUCACAAAUCCAUCAACUACACAACCACAUACAGGAGAAACAACAAGCGUUGACAGAACAAAGCUUGCAAAUAAACACCCAGCGGGAACAACUGUCUCAGCUGCAGGAAACGUUGUCUCUGCUGCAGGAACAGGGCGCUGCCUUGAAGGCCGGCCUUCUGGAGAAGACCGCAGCGCUACUGCAGUCAGCCCAGGAGUGUGGCUCCUUACGGCAGGAGGCUGAGAUGCAGAGAGACGGCUUGUCCAAGCUGCAGCUGGAGGCAGAAGCUCUCAGGGGAGAACGGUUGGAACUCAGUCGUCGUCUGGAGGAGAAGGAGGAGACUCUGAAACGCACGACAGGAGAACUUCAGAAUUCCAAGGAGGAGCUCAAUCAGAGGAACGAAACUGUGAGGUCACUGGGCGGUCAGCUUGGUGCCGUGAAGGAAAACAAAGAGAAGCUUGAGGUGGAAGUUACCCAACUGAGGACAGCUUUGGAAACCCACGCUUCAGAAAAUGCCAGAUUGAGGCAAGAUGUGUCCCAGAAACAGAAGGAGGUGGUGGAUCUUAGAGAUAAGAUGCAGUCACUCAACGAAGACCUGAAGAAAGUUCUGGAACAAAAUAAACAUUCGUUAUCAGAGAGUUUGCGGGAGAAGACACAGGAAUGUAGCGAACUCUCUAGAGCUGUCAGAGAGACGGACGAGACAGCCAGUCGCCUACAGGAGAAUAUCGACAGUCUGAACUCACAAAUCCAUCAACUUCACAACCACAUACAGGAGAAACAACAAGCGUUGACAGAACAAAGCUUGCAAAUAAACACCCAGCGGGAACAACUGUCUCAGCUGCAGGAAACGUUGUCUCUGCUGCAGGAACAGGGCGCUGCCUUGAAGGCCGGCCUUCUGGAGAAGACCGCAGCGCUGCUGCAGUCAGCCCAGGAGUGUGGCUCCUUACGGCAGGAGGCUGAGAUGCAGAGAGACGGCUUGUCCAAGCUGCAGCUGGAGGCAGAAGCUCUCAGGGGAGAACGGUUGGAACUCAGUCGUCGUCUGGAGGAGAAGGAGGAGACUCUGAAACGCACGACAGGAGAACUUCAGAAUUCCAAGGAGGAGCUCAAUCACAGGAACGAAACUGUGAGGUCACUGGGCGGUCAGCUUGGUGCCGUGAAGGAAAACAAAGAGAAGCUUGAGGUGGAAGUUACCCAACUGAGGACAGCUUUGGAAACCCACGCUUCAGAAAAUGCCAGAUUGAGGCAAGAUGUGUCCCAGAAACAGAAGGAGGUGGUGGAUCUUAGAGAUAAGAUGCAGUCACUCAACGAAGACCUGAAGAAAGUUCUGGAACAAAAUAAACAUUCGUUAUCAGAGAGUUUGCGGGAGAAGACACAGGAAUGUAGCGAACUCUCUAGAGCUGUCAGAGAGACGGACGAGACAGCCAGUCGCCUACAGGAGAAUAUCGACAGUCUGAACUCACAAAUCCAUCAACUUCACAACCACAUACAGGAGAAACAACAAGCGUUGACAGAACAAAGCUUGCAAAUAAACACCCAGCGGGAACAACUGUCUCAGCUGCAGGAAACGUUGUCUCUGCUGCAGGAACAGGGCGCUGCCUUGAAGGCCGGCCUUCUGGAGAAGACCGCAGCGCUGCUGCAGUCAGCCCAGGAGUGUGGCUCCUUACGGCAGGAGGCUGAGAUGCAGAGAGACGGCUUGUCCAAGCUGCAGCUGGAGGCAGAAGCUCUCAGGGGAGAACGGUUGGAACUCAGUCGUCGUCUGGAGGAGAAGGAGGAGACUCUGAAACGCACGACAGGAGAACUUCAGAAUUCCAAGGAGGAGCUCAAUCAGAGGAACGAAACUGUGAGGUCACUGGGCGGUCAGCUUGGUGCCGUGAAGGAAAACAAAGAGAAGCUUGAGGUGGAAGUUACCCAACUGAGGACAGCUUUGGAAACCCACGCUUCAGAAAAUGCCAGAUUGAGGCAAGAUAUGUCCCAGAAACAGAAGGAGGUGGUGGAUCUUAGAGAUAAGAUGCAGUCACUCAACGAGCAGAAUAUGAGUUUAAACUCAGAACUUCAAAGAGUUGUCACAGAGGCCUCAAAGUCUCUCGAAGAAACUUCAGUCGUCAGGAGUGAAAACAUGACAAGGGACGGCCAGAUUAGUAAACUGACAGAACAGCUCAACGCAGCAUGCACUCACAAAGACAGCUUAGAGUCGACCCUACAGCAGAAAGACAAGAAGAUAAGACUGCAGCAGGUGUUAGUGAAGAAGUUAAAAGCCAUGUUAGAAGAGGUCAAAGGUGAGACAGGCCAGAAGGUGGAGACCAUCACGGAGCUGCAGGCCCAAGUCCGUCAUCUUCAGGAUACGAUCGUUGACAGAGACGUGUCGUUGCGCGACUCUGAGAAAGAACGGAGUGUGCUGGAGGAACAACUCAGAAGCUCGGAGACUCUGAACCUCACAGACUCUGAGAGCCUCAGGGUGCAGCUCCAUUCCAGCGUAGAAACGACCAAACAUCUCCAGAGUGAGCUGACUCGUCUGAAGGAGGAGAACCUCCAGAUGUGCGGCGACUUGACGGAGCGGGAAAUGCAGCUGAAACAGGUGGUGGACGGAAGCAUCCGGAUAAAGACUCGUGUUUCAGAGCUGGAGGAUAUGAUCUCACAGCUGAGGGGUUCGCUCGACAGCCUCACGGCUGACUCCUCCCACCUGAAGGAUUCUCUGAAAGACAGAGAGCAAGCCAUCGAGGACCACAAGAGAUUGUCCUCAACCGAAAUAAAACGUUUACAUUUAAACCUCCAAGCCAAAGAGUCCGAAUGUGAAAGUCUGAGAGGGGAAGCGUCUGGCCUUCAGGAGUUUAUCUCAAAGCUCAACAAUAAUCUUCUCUCUCAGGCCUCAGAAACGGCGUCUCUGAAGGAGUCCUUGCAGAGCCAGGCUGUGGCGCUCCACGCCCUGCAGGGAGGAGCUGAGGAAGCUGCCCGCCUCAACGCCCAGUUAGCCAAGCGGACACAGCUGACGGCGCAGCUGCAGAGUCAACUUCAGGUACUCUCCGCCCAGUCCGAGAAACUGAGUAGAACGGUGGAAGACAACCAGAGUGCCUUUGUCAACCUCCAGGAGAAAUACACAGCUCUGCUGGAGGAGCUCCAGGAUGCAAGGAAAGCUCUCUCUCAGAAGGCCGAGGAACUUUACGGUCUUCGCGAGACCCUUGACGACUGUACGGCCGAGGUCCAGACUGCAGAGUCCACCUCGGAAACGCUGAAGAACGAGUCUCUCCUCCUUCGCCAGGAGCUGCAGAGACUCCAGACGAUCAAUGUCAGCCUCUCAGAGCAACACGAAGACUCCCUCGCCGCGCAUCACAGCAUCACCUCAGCGCUAAUGGCUGAGGUGGAGAUGUUCAAGUCCCAGUGUCUCCACACAGCGGCUCAGGUACAGGUCCUGACGGAACAGCUGCAGCAGAAAGAGACAGCUGUUCAGUCUGUGACCAGCCAGUACGCUGCCCUGGUGAAACACACGGAGCACCUGACCUCCCAAAUGAAGAGACUAGAGGAUGAGAACAAGGAGCUAGAGGGGGAGGCGGCUCUGACCAAACAGGACCGCCAGCAGCAGCUAGAUGCUGUCCUUAAAGAAAAGGCCCAGCUGCAGAGAGAGAUGUGGGCUGUGGUGGUAGAGAGGGACGAGGCACGGAGCUUGCAGAAGAAGAGAGAGGAGGUCAGGACUCACCAGAAGCAGGAACAGCUCCUGCUGCUGUCCAGCAGCAGGAAGGAAGUAUCAGAGAAAACGUCCGCCAGCGAGGAAAAGCUACAGAGCGAGCGGUCCUCCGUCCAGCAGGAGGUGCUGUCUGUGGAGGAGGCCCCAGGGGCUCCCCAGGAGAGGAGCAGUGCUGCAGACAUGAUCAACACCCUGGCAGCCAGCCAGCUCCAUCAGAGGCUGGGGGAGCUCCAGCAGAGGGUGGACCAGCUGAACCAGACCGUCUCUGAGGAGAGGAGCAGGAGGGAGGCUGUGGAGGAAGCACUCCAGCUGGCAGAGGACAGAUUCAGUGAGUCUGGUUCGCCCCAGAGAGACGUCAGUAUUCAGAUGGAGACAGAAGACGAAUGGGAGGGUCUGGUUCUGGAUCCCAACGAGCCUCUUCUCACACGCAAGGUGCGAGGCGGGGUGUUGGCAUGGCGACGUUGGCUGCGAGGGCGGAGCAUGUACUGCUCCAAGCUGCUGAGGACACGGGGGCGUUCGCGCUACCUGUUCCUCUCCUACCUGGUGACCCUGCACCUGGUGCUCCUGCUGUGCCUGACAGGGGUGCUGUAGUCAGCACUGCCAACACACACACACACCCCUAGAUACCCAACACACACACCCCUAGAUACCCAACACACACACUCCUAGAUACCCAACACACACACUCCUAGAUACCCAACACACAUGCACACACACACCCCUUUAUACCCAACACACACACAGCUACACCCACGCCCCAUUAGCAACACGGUCAACACGCCCCCAAACCUCUAAAGAAACACAAGGCUUCUUCACAGGAAAAUCAUCUCAUUUUGUGCUGAAAUGAAACACUGUUAUUCAGCAGUGAUGUGAACAGAGGAGGUAUGACACUGACACUGAAAAGCAUUCGAUUUUGACGUGUGUGCUUCAGAAAUAUUUUUUCUCUCCCUGUUUCUCGUUUAUGUUAUGCUGUAUACAAGAGAGACAGGUAGAGGUAUUAUCUGAUGUUGACGUCGAUUUAAAUUCGACAACACAACUUCCACCUGCACAUUAACCACGCCCAAGUUUCCCAAAGAAGCUCCAGUCAGCCCGGAACUUCCCAUCUAACUACGGAACAAGAAACUACUGAAGAUUUGUUGCCAGGCUGUCGUGGUAGACUGACUGCUGCGGCAGACUUGGUCGAUGUCUUGUGUUUUCUAAAACUGUGACACAGAGGAGAGGAGAUGAUGUGAGGAUGCAGUACUGCAAGCAUGCUACAUGCUAACAUUCUACAUGCUAACAUGCUAAUGUACUUCCUGAGUCUCCGCCGAGCCUCCUGCGAAGCUGCUGUUGUGUGAGUGAGCCUGUGGGACAGCUGAAGCCAUGCUAUUCACACCCAACACUGUAUAUGCACUCUGGAUGUUCAUACCAUUCAGAUAUUAAUAUUUUAUAAAUUCAUAACACUGGAGGGCUGUAACUGUGCGUCGGGGAGGGAUGUCUGUAUGAUGAGACGGACCCUGUGAAAGCUGCUAAACAGAGCAGCAGAGAAGAUGCGAGGGCUUAUUUAUGAUUCAGAAUGAUGUGGUUUGUUGUGCUUCCUGGAAGAGUUUCUGUUUUUAUCUCCGGGAUAUGUCUGCGAGGUCACUUUAAUCCACCUGCUGACUGUUUACAUGUAAACGUCACACGAUUAAUAACACUAGUAUCUAAGAGGCCGUUUCCCAAAGCUAUAUCAACAAAUUAAAAUGUUUAUUAUAAUAUGGUGAAACUGAGAUUCUGGAAGUGGUUGAAUGUUAGGAUUUGUAAUGAUAGUCAAAGCACUGAGUGUUAUAUAUGUGCUGGACUUGGUGUUUCAGUACGUUAGAAAGGGGACAAUUUAUUGACCCUACUUUGUGAAAUAUUCUCCCUGUUCAAAUGUUUUGAGAGGUACAUCACCACAAGCCUACAAAUCUGUAUAUAUGGUGUGAUUAAAAAUAAUGUAUUUAUAAAAAAGUGUAAUUAUUGCAAAGAUAUAAGAUUUCGUUUUUUAAACAGGAUCUAUUUUUUUCUUCAAAUCAUUAAGUUAAAUACUUUUCAAGCCUUUUAGUUAUGACAUCGAGCUGUGAGUAUGUGCAAUACUGGGCUGGGGGUGUUCUUCAGAUGUGCUUUGCAAUCUUAGAAAACA